AUGAAGACGACGAUCGGGCUCGUGGUCCUCGCGACCGCCGUCGCGGCGGCGGCGAUGUUCCUAUCAUCCCUCGACGACUCGCGGCGCGACGACGGCGUGCCGGUGGUAGAGAUACGUGGUGACGGCGGCUUCGAGCUGAUCCCGUUGGACGGCGGCGCCACGGGGCCCGAGAGCGUGGCGUUCCACGACGCCACCGGCGACGGCCCGUACACGGGCGUGUCGGACGGGCGGGUCCUCAGGUGGCUCCCGGCCGAGCGCCGCUGGGUCGAGCACUCGUCGUCCUGCGCGCCGGAACUGUUGGACAGCUGUAGAGGCUCUCAGGACCCGGGCCGGGAGCACGAGUGUGGGCGCCCCCUGGGCCUCAAGUUCAACAACGAGACGGGGGAGCUGUACGUCGCGGACGCGUACCAUGGGCUGAGAGUGGUCGGGCCGGAUGAUCACGUGUCCAGGCCGCUGGUGCCGGAGUGGCAAGGGAGCCGCCCGUUCAGCUUCGCCAACGGCAUCGAGAUCGACUACGAAACCGGAGCCAUCUACUUCACCGAGACCAGUACAAGGUUUCAGAGAAGGGAGUUUCUGAACAUUGUUAUAUCGGGUGACAAUACUGGUGGAUUGUUAAAAUAUGACCCAAAGAGCAAUCAAGUGGAAAUCUUGGUUGAUGGUCUAUCUUUCGCCAAUGGCUUGGCAAUGAGCACGGAUGGCACAUACUUGCUCCUAGCAGAAACCACAACCGGCAAGAUUCUAAGGUACUGGAUCAAGACACCAAAAGCUUCAACCCUAGAAGAAGUUGUGCAGCUACCUUGGUUUCCGGAUAACAUCAAGAUGAGCCCCAGAGGAGGGUUCUGGGUUGGUCUCCAUGCCAAGAGAGGGAAGAUCGCCGAGUGGUCGAUUUCUUACCCUUGGCUAAGGAGAUUGAUACUGAAGUUGCCGAUGCGGCAUGUCCAGCGUGCCUCGUGGCUCUUGAAUCGGCUUGGCCAUCAGGUUAUAGCGCUGAGAUUGAGCGAGGAUGGGAAAACAAUAGAGGCGGUUAGUGUUCACGGUGCUAUUCAAAAGGUUUUCAAGUCAGUCAGCGAGGUGGAAGAAAGGAAUGGAAGCUUAUGGAUAGGCUCUGUCAUGUCACCUUUUCUUGGAGUAUAUAGAUUGUAGAAGCAUUUGGAUUGUAUGAUUGAAUAUGCAACGUGUAUUUGCAUAUAUGGUAGUCGUUUAAUAGAGGAAAUAACAUUAUACACGUGUAUAUGUAUAUUUUUCCCACCAUAUAAUCAAAUUUAUUUGCAAUUA